AUGGCGUCAUGGGACGCAGCCACGCCGGCGGGCCUUGUCUCGAUACUUGACAGCCCAACAUGGCCCAUCUCCAAAGUCUGCCAGGCCGUGGAGGACUGCAUUCUGGCCAACGGCGACAACCUGCGUGGCUUCUUUGAGCAGUGCUUCCCCACCCUGCUCAAGCGCCUGUUUGGCUACGAUGGCACCUCCUGGCUCAACCUGGUGGCCCGGAGCCCCAAGGAGGCGGACGCCAAGGCGCUGCUCAAGCUGCUGUCCCCCGGCGGCGUGCUGUUCACCGCCAUGCACAGCGCCGACGCCGACGGCUCCACCCAGUUCUUCUUCCCCAAGGAGCGCCUGCCCACCCACACCCAGAUGCUGCUGGCCUCGCCCGCGGGCCGCGCGGAGCUGGAGAGGUGGCCGCAGUACGGGCGCGGCGCGGUGGUGGCCGACGCCGCCGGGCGCUGCCACGUCAAGCUGGGCGUGUUCCAGUUCUUCCUCUGCUGGUUUGCCUUCUACGUCAUCAAGGGCGACGGCGGCGGCAUGGACGCGCAACUGGCGCGGCCCCAGUCGGCGGGCCUCACCAACUCUGUGCGCAAGGCCGCCGACCUCAUGCACCUCACGCGGGGCGGGCGGGACAGCGAGGCGACGCGCCACCCCUACCUGGCCGCCCUGCGACAGUUCCUGCUGGACCUGCUGCCGCGCCCCUCCGGCGCCGCGCACCUGGCCGCCGCCGCCAUGCCCGCCAAGGGGGUGGGCGGCAGCCCCUACUUCCGCGCCCCCUCUGCCGCCAAGCGGCAGCCCGAGGGCGCGUCGCGGGGCUCCUCCUUCUACAGCGUGCUGCUGGAGUUCUGGGUGACCGACGGCGACGAGCCGGUGCCGGUGGCGGCGCAGGGGGGCGCGCUGCCGGCGCAGCCGUCGGCGGGGGGAGCCAUGUGGGGCACCACCUACGAGCCGCCGUCUGAGGACCUUCUGGAGGCUCUGACGGAGCUGGUCAAGUAUGCCACGGUGGCAGACAGCGGCAAGCGGCAGCCCGCCCAGGGAGGCCCCCCCUGGCUGCCCAUGGCCCAGCUGCACACGCUGUUGCCGCCCGCGCUGGCGGCGCAGCGCGGCGGCGGCGGCGGCGCGCCGGCGGUGCCUGCCAUCCUGGCGGGCCCCUCCCGGCUGGGCGCGGCGGCGCAGCCGGCGGCGCAGGCGCUGGCGCGCCGCCUCUACCGCUUCUUCCGCCGCGCCAUCACGCUGUGGCCUGAGCAGCGCAGCAUCAAGCCGCUGCUGCGCUGCCUGCUGGCCUACCUGGCGCCCUGGCGCGCCUCGGGCGCCGCGCCCCCGCUGCUGCCCGGCGGCGCCGCCGCCGCGCCGGGGCACAGUCACCUGGCCUCGCACCUCACGGCACAGGUCACAGACCUCGUGCACCGCGUGCACUGGGCAGACGGCGGCAAGGCCGACGGCGCCAGCAGCUACGGCCCGCAGUGGGAUGCCCACGUGCUGUGCAACCUCCCCUUCUACCUCACACUGCUGCCGCUGUUCCUGGAGGCCGGCGUGCCGCGAGUGGAGGUGCGCGGCGAGUCUGCUGCCCAGGACCUGGUGAAUGUGCUGGGGGUGCUGGAGGGCGCCCCAGAGCUGCGCAAGCUGCUGCAGCGCGUGGAGCGCGACCUGGCCAAGUACGCGGCCUCGCAGCCGCGCCGCGCAGACGGCGCCUACGCCGACCUGCUGCCCUGGCUGCUGGAGCAGGGCCAAGACUGGGAGCUGGCCGCCACCGCCAGCUGCUCGGGCGGCAGCCCGCUGGUGCGGGCCGCCCCCACCUUCUCCCUCUUCUCCACCGCCGAGGGCGGCGCCGCCUACGUGGCACGCGACCUGCUGGAACUUUCCUCCCACUUCUUCAAGCCAGAUGUGCAGCGCCGCCUGCGCCGCUGCCUGGAGGCCUCGCUGCCCCUGGCCGCGCUGCCGGCGGCGGCGGCCGAGGCGGGGCGGGCCGUGGAGGAGGCGGCGCAGGACGAGGCGGUGGCGCGCCUGCCCAAGAGCAGCUGGCGGGACGUGCGGUACAAGGGCGACCCCAUGCUGCGCCCCAUCGCCUCCUACGAGAUCGGCCUGCUGGUGCGCCUGCUGGUGGCGCUCAGCGUGCGCCUCAACGCCGCGCUGGGGCUGGACAGCUGGCAGCGGCGGGGGGCGGGGGGCGAGGAGGAGCCUCCAGAGGACCGUGUGCAAGAGGUGCUGGCGCGGGCGCGGCGCCGCGGCCUGCGCGUCAACCUGCGCCCGCUGGCAGACGUGCGCAACCUGGCCUGGAUACCCAUCGGCUGGUUCCUGGUGCUCCACACCCUGCGCUUCCUCACCUGGCUGGUGCUGGCGCUGGCCACGGGGCCCGGGGAGGGCGCGGGCGGCGGCUACGCGGCGCAACAGCGGCAGUACCGGCAGCACGGCGGCGGGCAGCAGCAGCACCACCAGCGCCACUAG